CCAUAGCUCCCGAGUGCCUCUCCUCGCUCAACCGCUCCAAGGACCAGCGUGCGUGCGUCCCAGUCUUCCUCCUCAGUCCAUCUUCUCCAUCUUCUCCAUCGGUAACUCCUCUUCUUUCUCUUCUUCUUCUUCUUCUUCCUUUUUUCUUUCUUCUCAAGUCCUAUUCUUCGUCCUAUUGCAGUUUCUCAGCAACCAAACUAUAAAAGUCAAUGGCGUAUAGAGGUCGUGGACGCGGUGGAUUUGGAGGAGGUGGCGGUUUUGGCUAUGCCACUCAAGUUCCCUUUGAGCUUUUUCCUGAUGUUGAUUUGCCUAAUGUCAAAGGUAUACUUGAUCCAGAUAAAAAGAUAAACCAGGGUAAGAGUGAGGAAGAAAACUUAGUCAAUCAAAGUCGCAAGUUUCAAAAAAUUUGGAAAGGCUCUCCUUUUUAUCUUGAGCAGACCACUUCAAAGGAGAGGCAAAACACAGAAGUAGAAAGAUAUUCUGACAGGUUGAAGCCAAAAACCACGAUAAGACGCGGUGCUCUUUUUGAUAUAUUGGAGCUCAAGGGAUUUCCCCAAGAACUGACUGGAGGUUCAAGGGCGCAGGAACCAGGCCGAAAGAGAGUUCGAUGGAAUCCUGACUCAGAGCUGCAGAAGUUAGAUUUAUUUGAAAAGCUUGAACAGCGUCAGGGUAAUAAUGAUGGAAAAGAAAAGAAAGAAGGUGAAGGUGAGGAUGAAGAUGAAGAAGAGGAGGAGGAGGAGCCAGAAGAAGACUUCAGUGAUGAUGAUUAUCAGAAGAACCAAGAUUUCGAUGAUGAUGAUGAUGAUUUUAAUAUGGAAGAUGAUGGUGAUGAUGAACCUCUUUUGUAGUGAGACGGUGUCGCAUACGAGGCUGCUCAAAACAUACACAAACCUCCCUCAUUUCCCUUCCAUCAAAUGGAGUAUACGGCUAUUGUUUGUUUUCUUGUAGGAUUGUACAUUCAAUUACUAGUUUUUUUUGUUACAAAGCUCUUGCUCUUCCAGGAAAAGAUAUCGGUCUAAUGUGACGAUGAUCACAAAUAGAAAGUAGGUUGUGUGGAAUCAAAAUGUGUAGGUUAGGCAAUGGAUUCGAUUCCCCGGCUUUUUGGUUUUUAAUUUUGGUAAUUAGGGCUUGUAGUUUACUUAAGCUUGCAUUUGACCCUAAAUCUGUUAAAUUUGUUAAAUGGGUGUAUGAAAAGUUGACAUGCUUAGCACAUUGCUCUA